GCCGGGAAACAUCACUAGCACUAGGGCCAUGUGGGACCACUGUAAAAAAAAAAAAAAAAAAGGAAAAAAGUUUGAGAUUUUUUCACAGCCCAUUGUAAGCAAUCAGGCAAAUAGGAGCUUGCAGUGCAUAGGCACUUCUUUUCAGAAGGCAGAGAGCAAUGCUCAAUCUACUGACAGGCGAGCCAGCAGACCGACAAGAAGUCAGGACAUUUUCUCAUUGCACUAACAGACGGUAACACCACCAGUGGGUCUUCUGAAGCCCACUUUCACUCUCCUGGGUGUGAUUGCUCCUGACUGCACAUUCAUCCUUGCCUACUGCAGGCAGUGAAGCCCUGCAGAUGCACUCAACCACAGGCUUACUUCUCAACCCUUCAUCUGCCUCAACACUCACAACAAAGCUGUGGGAGGAGGAUCCACAUGUUUUAUUGACAGACCUACAGGUGGUUUGAGUUUUAGCCUUUGGUGGACUGGGAGGGUUUUUUUUCCUGUGUGGUGAGCUGCGGUGUAUGUGGAACCAGUAUGUUGCCUAUUGUUGUGGGAUGUUUGGUAUUCGCCCUGCUGGGCUCAGGGCAGGCUCAAGAUGCUGCACAGACGGAGGGGCAAAGCCAGGGACAGGGGCAGGACGGCUCUGCCACGCCAUGGAGGCAGGUGAUUCAGUGGGAGAACAAUGGCCGAGUGUUUAGCCUGCUUAACAGCGGAGCUGAAUAUGUCCCUGCUCGAGCGGGGACCCAGGACCGAGGUCCCAGGGUGGUUGUAGCGGAUUCUCGUCCACGCUCAUCAGGCAGACCUCAGGGAGGCAAUGUUCGACGACAGGCCCCUUCAAGAGGAUCCUCUGAGACUGUCCGAGGGCAGGCAAGACAUCCUUUUGGCUUUGGGCAAGUACCUGAUAAUUGGAGACAAACCGCAGGCAGCACAGGUGGUAGCCAGUUCCAGGGAUCAUCUGCCACUCGCUUCAGGCCAUCCACAGGCUCUUCAUCAUCAUCAUCAUCAUCAUCAUCUUUCUCUUCGUCCUCUUAUAAUUCACCGCCCUACCCACAGUACCCAUUUCCUCAACAGCCUCCCUUCCAACCAGCACCUUACGACCCUGGUUUUGUGGAGGGACCCGUCAGGAGCUAUGAGCCUCCCUUUCAGCCUGUUGUCGGUGGAGGAUACGGCGGUGGAGGAUACAGUGCUGGCCAGGCUUAUACGGGAGGAGGGUAUGGAGGUGGUGUGGUGCCAGUGCUCCCAGGCUCUCCCUCUGAUUUUACUGAUGAUAGCUACCGUUACUUCCAGUCCUACAGCUUCGGGCCCAAUCCUGCAGUGCCCGCACAUGCUGCCCAACCACCAUUUACAGAUGGUCUGGACCGCAGAUACACCCACAGUCUCUACAAUGGGGACACUGCUCCUGCCGUCCCUGUCCCCAAUCCCAACCAGGCUACAUCUAUGAUAGUGGAUAGGACAGGAACAGCCGGGCAACCAAUUGGGAGCCCUCAGUAUGAGCAAUUUCCUCCAUUUGGACAACCCCAGGCCCCUUUCCUGCAGCCCAUUCCUUCAGGUAGAAAUUCUCCAAACUCUGCCGUUGAGAACCCCAGUAUGAACGUCGGGAGUGUUUACCGACCAGAACAGAGAGGUUUGCCAGACCUGGUUCCUGAUCCCAAUUAUGUUCAGGCUUCCACGUACAUCCAGAGAGCCCACAUGUAUUCUCUUCGCUGUGCUGCAGAGGAGAAAUGUCUGUCAAGCUCUGCCUAUGGCCCUGAGAGCAGUGACUAUGAUGUGAGGGUCUUGCUGCGAUUCCCACAGAGAGUGAAGAACAAGGGCACUGCCGACUUCAUGCCGAACAGGCCACGUCAUACUUGGGAGUGGCAUAGCUGUCAUCAGCACUAUCACAGUAUGGAUGAGUUCAGCCAUUAUGAUUUACUGGAGGUCAGCACUGGCCGUAAAGUUGCAGAGGGUCACAAGGCCAGCUUCUGUCUGGAGGACACCACCUGCGACUUUGGUCACCUGAAGCGCUACGCCUGCACCGCUCACACUCAGGGUCUGAGCCCAGGAUGCUAUGAUACAUACAAUGCCGAUAUCGACUGCCAGUGGAUCGAUAUCACAGACAUCCAACCUGGAAACUACAUACUAAAACUCCAAGUAAAUCCCAAAUUCUUGGUACUGGAAUCAGACUUUACCAACAAUGUAGUCCGGUGUAACAUUCACUAUACCGGACGAUUUGUACGAACAACCAACUGCAAGAUAGCACAGUCUUGAACAGGCGCUGGAAGGCUGCCACACUAGAGUGACCCUGAUUGCUAUUCCAUUGAAAUGUGAAUGGAAUCCACGUGUUGUCGGUUCAUUGUUGAUGUUGUUUGUCUCUAGACUUUUGUGAUGUUUUGGUAUGCUGGACCUGUGGCAAACAAGGGCUCCACUGGCACUGAUAAGAAUGUGGAGUUGAGGGGUUAUUAGACACACACAGCGUUGCAUUAUUCAAAUUUCACAUCAAUAUCCCAAUAAUGAACCGACAAUUCGGUUCCCAGCCAUCUACAUUAUGAUUUUGUCCAAUUAACUAUAUUCCUCAUACUGUAAACCAGGUCAGUCAGGUUUGGAUACUUGCUAGGACACAUUAUUGAUUUUCAAAGAAAUGUUUACUGUAUCUGCACAUAGAUAUCUAUAGAUAUCAACCGCCCAACAGAGUGGCUUUUUGGAAUUUUAAAUAAAGCAUGACAUUGUGCCAGUGCUGAUGAGUCCAGUCCAGGCAGGUAUGGGUGCUGCAGAAAUAAAAUUAAAUAAAAAAAUUAGGGGACAAAGUCUUCUCAAGUGCUUUCAUCCAUGCAUUAUGGGGAUGGACAAUGAUGCCCAGUGACUCAGAAGAACUGUAAUGUGUUAGUUUUGUCUUGUUUUUUUCCUCCUCCACUGCCUCAGGGGUUCAGGCAGGAAUUCUGUGAUGCACACCCUGUUUAAUGUUGUGUUAUCGGCAUGAAGAAGAAAGCAGGUCCUAUUUUCAUUUUUUUUUCAGCUCCAUCAAAUAGCAAGUCAUCACAAAUACCGACUGUCAGUCUGGGUGCUGUACCCUUGUAUCCCCAUGUUGUUCUUUAUUAUUUCAGUAAAACAGGAACAGGAAGCUCAACUGGCAGAAAAAGACGCUUUCCAGAAAACGAGACUUGAGGUAUAUGUAAACUUUGUGUUUAGACUUGGAGUCAUUUCUUCAAAUACCAACACUGGUCAGAUGGCACAUAGGUCAUCUAUACCUUUUGAAGAAUGUCUAUACAAAUAUUCCACUGAUGCAUGACUUUAACAGUGGAGAUAAUUGUGUUAUGAGGUUUGUACUUCUGUCCUGUUACUGUAAUUUGUGAAAUCUAAUGAAUUUAUAUAUUUUCUUGAUAAUCUGAAUUAUUCAAAUAGUAUGUGUUGGUGGAAAAAAACAAAAAACACUACUGCUGCAGACUUAUUAUUUUUGCAAAGGGCCACAACGUCGUCUCUACCUACCUCUCCAAUGGAGUGAGCUGUUGUUUACUGUUAAGUGUCUAGUUUCCAUUGGAAACUUCUGCGAUGGCUGACCGUGUUGCUCUGUUACAGCACACAGGAACCUUCAACUCUACUGCCUAUAUCAAAGAGCACAUGAUUUGGGACAACAAACAAUGACUUAGUUACAGUAUAUUCCAAAAAGCUAAAAGUUAUAAUCCUUAAGAUCUCAUACAUUACUUGGCUUAAUUGAUGACACGUGGUUUAAAUCUGAAGGUCCCAUAAUUCUGUGGGCAGCAAUCACUUUAUCAGUCAGUGGUUGGCUCUCUUCCACACUGUCUUGAGCAGUGUGAUGAACAAUGGGAUUUGACUUGUCUUAAGGGUUAUUACUUUCACACUCGUGAAUGUGAUUAAUGAAGCAACAAUCCAGAGCAAACAAUUACAAAUUACAAAAAAAAAAUGUUUUUGUUGCCAUUAAAUUUUGUUUUAAGUUUUUCAUUCUGCAAUUUCAGCUGUUUUUAUGAAAAAGGCUAUCUGGUUUGAAUGUAGAACAGGCCUGCGCUUUGGUAUCCAUAUUGCCCAUACUGUAGUACAUAGAUAUGUCAUACUGUACUGUAAAUUGUGAGUUCUUUAAUGUGAUUUACUCUGUUAGCACAUGACUAUUUGUACAUGUACAUUCUGUACUGUGAUUCAACAGCACACAAUUAGGUGACAGUUAUGCAGCAUCCUUGACAUGUGGUGAUGAAAUAUGUAUUUAACAGUGAACACCUGUCAAAAUGUCAUAUAGCCUACAAUAAAUACAUUUACACGUC